AUGAACGAGGUUGAGAAGGGUGUAAACCCUCAACUUUGGCACGCCUGUGCUGGUGGGAUGAUUCAAAUGCCUCUACCGAAUUCACACGUCUACUAUUUCCCUCAGGGUCAUGCUGAACAUACACUUACGACUGUAGAUUUUGGCGGAAUACCUAGGGUUCCUCCUUUCAUUCUGUGCAGGGUGAUUGAUGUUAAGUUUCUAGCAGACAUGGAAACAGACGAAGUUUACGCCAAGAUCAGGUUGGUUCCUGUUGGAAACAAUGAUAUUCGUUACAAUGCUGGGAUUGACGAUGGGGUUUUGGUUGAGCCACACAAACGCAACACCCCUGACUCUUCAGAGAAGCCCUCUUCAUUUGCAAAAACAUUGACUCAAUCAGAUGCCAACAAUGGUGGAGGUUUCUCUGUCCCUCGAUACUGUGCUGAAACAAUAUUUCCCCGUUUGGAUUAUUCAGCUGAUCCCCCUGUUCAAACUGUGAUAGCUAAAGAUGUUCAUGGUGAGAUUUGGAAGUUUAGGCAUAUCUAUAGGGGGACUCCUAGGAGGCAUCUUCUGACUACUGGAUGGAGUACUUUUGUGAACCAGAAAAAGUUAGUUGCUGGUGAUUCCAUUGUAUUUGUCAGGGCAGAGAAUGGGGAUCUUUGUGUUGGAAUCAGACGUGCUAAAAGAGGCAGCAUUGGUGGUCCUGAUUCCCCUUCUGGCUGGAAUUCUUAUUCCGGAAACUCUUCUUCUUCUACUUCUUCUUUCUAUGGUGGAUUUUCUUCCUUCUUGCGUGACAAUGAGAACAAGUUAAUGAGAAAUGGGAAUGGGAGUAACAGAAAUAUUACUGGAAGGGGAAAAGUGAGACCUGAAGAUGUUAUUGAAGCUGCAUCUCUUGCAGCCAAUGGUCAGCCAUUUGAGGUCUCUUUCUACCCACGUGCAAGCACUCCAGAUUUCUGUGUGAAAGCUUCUUCUUUGACUGCUUCUUUGACCAGUCAAUGGUGUGUUGGAAUGAGAUUCAAAAUGCCAUUUGAAACAGAGGAUUCAGCACGUAUAAGCUGGUUCAUGGGAACCGUAUCAUCUGUUGAUGUUGCUGACCCUUUUCACUGGCCUAACUCUCCAUGGCGACUUCUACAGGUUAACUGGGAUGAACCGGAUCUCUUGCAGAAUGUGAAGCGGGUGAGUCCAUGGUUAGUUGAACUUGUGUCAAGUAUGCCAGUUAUCCAUCUUUCACCCUUUUCACCACAAAGAAAGAAGCUCCGAUUACCCCAACCCCCAGAUUUACCACCUGAGGGCGAUUUCGUCAUUUCGUCCUUUUCAGGCAACCCCCUUGGGCCUAGCAGUAUUCCUGCAAGCAUUCAGGGAGCCAGGCAUGCUCGAUUUGGGAUCCCAUUAAUGGAUCUCAACCUUAAUACCCACAAACUACAGUUGGGUCUUUUUCCUUCUCAUGACAUUAAUGAAACUUCCAUGGAUAUUAAUAAAGAUGAUGUGUCAUGCUUGUUGACCAUUGGAACUUCUAGUGUUAAGAUGGAGAAAAGUGAUGAAAAAGUCAAGGCACCUAUUUUUUUACUGUUUGGUCAACCGAUACACAUUGAGCAGGAAGUGAUGGAUUCAAAAGUUCCAAAUUUAUCAAACAAGAAUGGGAAUGAGUUUUUCAAGAAUCAAGGAUCGGAUAGUGGUCAUUGCAAAGUGUUUUUGGAAUCUGAGAAUGUUGAGAGAACUCUUGACCUUUCUGUUCUUGAAUCUUAUCAAGAACUUGAGAGAACUUUGGCAAAUUUGUUUGGAAUUGGAACCUUUGAUACUUCUUAUGCUCAUGUGCUAUAUAAAGAUUCAAAAGGUGAUGUGAAACGAAUUGGUGAUGAACCUUUCAGUGAAUUUGUGAGAAAAGCUAGAAAGCUGACAAUUCCUUUGGAUGCAUGCAACCACAAUGAUAAAAGAAAAUGGAGUAUAAUAAGUGUGCAAAGUGGUGAACAUGGGCUUGAGUCUUCGAAUCACACAGGGGCUGCUAUGAGCAUAUUUGCAUAGUAAUAAUAUGAAAUAUGUUGCAUUUGCAUUUGACUUUUGUUUAAGACAACAUAUUUUCCUUGUUUCUGUAGUAGUCUGUACUUGAAUUUGAGUUCAAGACAAAGAUGUUGCUUAUGUUGACUUAUAUCAUAUCAU